CUGGCCUCUGCUUGGCCCAGAACAAAGUCCGGGCGGUGACUGCAGGUGGCGGGCCUGCCGCAGGCCCGGCGGGGGGAUGCCUCACAACACCCAGCUGUAUGAAGAAGUGUCAAAGACCUGCUGGCCCAUUAUCUAUUCUCCAAGAUACAACAUCACGUUCUUGGGGUUGGAAAAGCUCCAUCCAUUUGAUGCUGGGAAAUGGGGGAAAGUCAUCAAUUUUUUGAAAGAAGAAAAUUUCCUUGCUGAUGUCAUGAUGGUGGAGGCCAAAGAAGCCACUGAUGAAGACCUUCGAGUGGUGCACACACAAAGAUACUUGAAUAGGCUGAAGUGGUCCUUUGUAGUGGCAACGAUCACAGAGAUUCCACCAGUCAUCUGUCUUCCUAACUUCGUGGUGCAGAGGCAUGUUCUAAGGCCUCUAAGGACCCAGACAGGAGGAACCAUUAUGGCUGGGAAACUGGCUAUUGAACGAGGCUGGGCCAUCAACAUAGGCGGUGGGUUCCAUCACUGCUCCAGUGACAAGGGAGGGGGAUUUUGUGUCUAUGCUGAUAUCACACUCUCUAUCAAGUUUCUAUUUGAUCGAGUAGAAGGAGUCUCAAAAGCCACCAUUAUUGACCUGGAUGCACACCAGGGAAAUGGCCAUGAGAGGGAUUUCAUGGACGACAGCCGAGUGUACAUUGUGGAUAUCUAUAACCGCAACAUUUACCCAGGGGAUGGUUUUGCUAAACGUGCCAUCAAGCGGAAGGUUGAGCUGGAGUGGGGGACAGGAGAUCAAGACUACCUGAUGAAGGUGGAUGAGCAUGUGAAGGGGGCGCUGAAUGAUCAUGAGCCUGAUGUGAUAAUCUACAAUGCGGGCACAGACAUCCUGGAUGGUGACCCUCUGGGAGGUCUCUCUGUGUCUGCCGAGGGCAUCAUCAAGAGAGAUGAGCUGGUGUUCCGGGCUGCCCGAAGCCAGAAUAUACCUAUCUUCAUGGUGACCUCAGGAGGCUACCAGAAACAUACAGCACGGAUCAUAGCUGAUUCCAUCCUCAACCUGUACAACCUGGGCCUCAUUGACCAUUUUGAGCCGAUCUGAGGAGCCCAGCACACUGUGUAAAUGACUGUGACCACCUAAAAGGCAGCCUUUUCCAUCCCUCUCUUGGAUAAAUUUUGUUUUCUAAAAAGCAGAUACAGUAAGCAACACUUUAACCCUAGACUGGUGUCAGGGUCAGCUGCAAUACAACAGAUCUGGAGCCAGGGUCCUAUAAAAUUACUUUAUUUUUUUUUUACCACUUUCAAAGACAGCAGAGUCAGGGAGGGACCUGUUCUUGCUGAUGUGUUUCCAUGCAGAUCUCUGUCUUGAUCUGGGGGCGCUAGCUUUGAUCUUGUCUGGGUCUCUGGGGGAUGUUGGGGGGGGGUGGAUUCCCAACUUUACACUUUCUUCUUCCCCUUCAUCUCUUGGCCUAGGGCAACCUCUGUCUGGAAGGCAGGAUUUAUCCCCCAGGGUGACUGCUCCAUGGGCUGACUCCUCUCUUGUCUGGUGCAGAGAGGGAAGAGAUUUUGAGGAGACGGAACAUGGAGAGGGGAAGAGAGGAUAGCAGGGCCUUUAACAAGGUCUCCUCCCAUGGACAGUGACAGUGGGAUAAUCUCCUAUCUUAGAUUUUUGGAUACAUAUAUGAGAGGAGAAAGGAAAGGUAUCUGGAGGGAAUAGUCAAAGAUCAGGGUUGCAGAUGAGUUGUGGAUAAGUAGUGAGGAAAGAUGUGGAGGUUAUGAGGGGCAAGGGCAGUGAGGGGUAGGGAGAAAUAGGGCUCUGGUUUUCUGUGAAGCCUGAUGGGUUAGGAGACCACUGCAAGUAGUAGAAAAAGACCCUCUCCUACCAGUGAUCUCCUUCUCUCUCUACUUUCCCUCUUCCUCCCCACUCCCUUUUUAUUCUCCCUACCUGCCUCUUUCCCUUCCCUUCCCACUUUCCCCUUCUUUGGUUCUCCUUAUCCCUUCUCUCCUUUUCCCUCUCCUACCCCAAUUUCUAUCCCUGCAUCUCUUCUGAUGGGACAGGUGAAUAACGUGGGUUUGGGAGUCCUGGGUUUUUGUUUUUGUUUUUAGGAGGGAGGGGGAAUGAUUGGGAUAUUGCCUAGCAUGGAGAAGAAGCUGGAGGAUGCCAGUUUCCUCUAUGUUGGACAAGGCUUCUUUCUUCUUUUCUUUUGUUGGGGGGGGGCUAGGCAAUAGGGUUAAGUGAUUUGCCCAGGGUCACACAG